AUGAACCCAAAAAUUUCGGACUUUGGGCUGGCUCGAAUGUUUGAGGGCCCUCGGAUUUUGGUGAACACCCAGAAAAUUGUUGGAACACUUGGCUAUAUGUCUCCUGAGCAUGCCAUGGGCGGGAUUCUUUCCGAAAGGUCCGAUGUCUAUAGCUUUGGAGUGUUGCUACUGGAGAUCGUUAGUGGCAAAAAGAACACAGCCCUCUAUGACCAGGGCCAACGUCUGAAUCUCCUUUCCCUCGCGUGGCAAUUAUGGAGUGAUGGAAAAGCAUUCGACCUAACAGAUGAAGCAAUUGCUGUUAGCUCUCCAUGGGAGGUAAUAAGAUGCAUCCAUGUUGGGCUUCUCUGUGUUCAGGACCAUCCCACAAACAGACCAGACAUGUCGAAUGUGGUUCUGAUGUUAAGUGGCGAGUCAGAUCUGCCUCAGCCGAGACGGCCUAUAUUCACUUUCCAAGCCGAAAUGCCAGAUCGUUCUAUUCCAUUUCAGGAAGAAAGCAUCUGGUCUGUUAACACUGUCACUGAUACAUUGGUCGAAGGAAGAUGACGGCUAUUUUUUUUCUUGAUUUUUAUUUUGCUUGCUUUGGAGAUGAUUUUGAUGCUGUUUUCUAAUAUAUUAGUGUUUAUUCAAUUCAAGUAUGGCUUUAGUCCGCCCUGAACAAAAGGGUGAAUGAACUGCUCCACUUU